AUGUCAAGCAAAAUUUAUUUAGAAUCAAUCUCUUAUGACCAAAAUGAUGAUAAAUCAAAAUUCAAGAGUAAUACUCCAUACAAAGCACAUCGUAAAACUACAUCAGCAUUGGUUAGAAAUGCAGAUGCAGCAUUGUAUGAUAUAACAAAUUCUCCACCACAAUCAACUAGUAAAUACUCUUCUCCAUUGUCACCACAAACACCAAAACUUUCAUCACCAAGACAAUCUGUAUCUACAAAAUCAACCCCAUUAAAAUCAAACUCUAAUAAUAAUAAUAAUAAUUCAUCAAACCAUAUUAGUUUCUUAGACGGUACAUCACUUAGUCCAAAAUCUUCAAGAUACACAAUCUCUCAUACUCCAACAAAAAGAGAACUUAUUACUUCUGCUUCAACCACUUCUCCAACAAUGAUGACCCUUACUCAUACUCAACAACAACAACAACAACAACCACCACCAUCUCCAUCACCAGUUGUUUCUGCUGCAUCUGCUGCUAAAAACUUUUUUACUCCAACUAAACCAAAUAAAUUAAAAAAGAAACAAAUGGAAAAAGAGAUGGAAUUAUUAAAAGAUAAAAUUAGAAUUAUGGAAAAAGUUAGAAUCGAUAACGAUAGUGAUACUGAUAAGAUGAGAAUGGCAUUGAUCGAAGCCCUUUCAGAAAAUGAUAAAUUACAAAAUAAAGUUGCCGACUUGGAAGCAACCAUCGCCUCAAUGAAAAAAGAAUUGGAUAAAGGCUCAUAUGAAGCUUGGAAAGGUUAUUGUUCACUCCAAGACUCACCACCAGGUAACUCCUCAAGAUACUCCAAAAAAAGAGCUCUUGGUUCUGCAAUUAAUUCUUCAAAUUUUUAA